CUAAAACACCGAGAAAAAAAACAUUGCAACAGAUCGAGGCUUGUCAGCCAAUGAAAUGUAACCAGGAAGGUCACAGACAGUGUCCCGGAUGUUGCGUUUGUCCGCUGCGGCACCAACGUGCAAACUGUAAAGGGGCCGAAACAGAGUGCAGACAUGUGGCCUCUGUUUUGGACAGCGGCACGGACCUAUGCCCCCUACGUCACCUUCCCUGUGGCCCUGGUGGUGGGAGCAGUGGGCUACCACCUGGAGUGGUUCAUCAGGGGGACCCCUAAAGCCAGAGAGGAGAAGGGCAUCCUGGAGCUGAGGGAGGAGAGGAAGCUGCAGGAACAAGAGGGUACGGACGGCACCCAGGUGCUGAGCCUGAAGGAGAAACUGGAGUUCACACCUAGAGCCGCUCUGAACAGGAACCGACCUGAAAAGAGCUAACGUGCACUUUCCCCUGUUUUCCCCACAACGAUUCACCCCCAUUUACCUCAGCCGUACAUCCUCACUAUGUAAAUAUCUACUUCUUUUUAGAGGGAAAUUAAAAGGAUCCUCAUUUGGUUUGAGUCAAUCACAUCUUAUAUGUGCUGUAUUGGAUCUCCUGACCUUCUCCUUGAGUCACACGCCAUUUCAUUUAUUGAUGAAUAGCCAUACCAGGAUACUAUAAUUCAAAAACAGCCGAAAUUGAGACUGUGGGGGGAGGGGGGGGCAGAGGUCUGCACUGAUGCUAUUUGUUCUACGGCGGUUUUAUGUACAUGUAAAUGUGUUAUUGUGUCUCUGCUGUUAAAUCACACACGAAUAAUUCAUGAGAUGUCAAAGAUGAAAGAAACAAAAAAAUAUAUAUAUCAUGUUCUGAGCCUGUCGGAAAGUGUUUCUCCUUUUAAUCAUUUCUGAAUGUGAACUGUGACUGAUUGAAGAUAAAAGCAAAGGAAGAGAGGAGGAA